CCGGAACCUUUGUCCUGUCGUAUGUUAUACUUCCGGAUCUUUUACUGCGACGGACUAAAGAAUGACAUAAUGGUAAACACAGUAAGAGCAGUUGGAAAACACUUCAGCCUGAUGACCUUAAAACCACCUGAUUGGCCAGAAGAACACGCUGAGUAACCCGUUGGACGUCUGACUCCGGGCUCUGAACAGUCAGACGGAAUUAGGUGCGUUUGGCCAUGCUCUUUAGUUUCCCACCCAAAUUGGAUUGUUAUUCGGAGAACAAGCCAAGAUUAGCCUCUGACAGGAAGCCACAGCAGCUCAGCCUCCAUCAAGAAAAGGCCACAUCUCCCUUCCAGACCCAGAGGACGACCUCUUGACAGGAAGACCGUAAAAGUCAAAGCCCUGAACCGUGCCGCCGCUGACAGCAGUUUGUAAAUCAAGCAGACAUCCUGUCACCAUUGCUGAAAUAGUAUAAUGUCUUAACCAUUUCUUCUUGGACAUGUGGCUGCUGCUAACAGAAUUAUUGGGUUUAUCUUGGAAGACUCUCUGGUUUUGAUAUUUAUUGCUCAGGGGGCAGCCAUGGAGGGGCUUGAGCAGCUCGAUGUGGUGGGAAGCAUCAGCCCGGCCCUGGAGGCAACGGAGGACUUCCUCCACUGCGUGGACAGGAUGCAGAGCCAAGGUCCGAGCCAGGCGCAAAAAAGCAACCAUCAGCCGAAGCAGCUGUCGGACGUGUCUAGUGCUGCGCUCGGGAGGCUGAGCUCCAGUGGCGUGUGGGGCCUGCUCGCCGAGGAGCAGCCGGAGGUCGGGCCGCUCGGCCUGACGUGGGCCGACAACGUCAGUGUGCUGGGUUUGGGGAUUGGCUUGAGACACGGCAAGAGGAGCAGAGCCCGCUCCACCAAUGACCUGGCAGCCCAAGCCAACGAUUGCACCAACAAUACCUCGUCAAAGUCCGUGUUCAAGAAGGGACACAACCGAUCCCGAUCGGACGUCAAUUACCGGCCAUCGGCUUUUACCGACAACGGUUUGCCUGCAGUGGACUGCAACCUGCUGAAAAACAUGAUCCUCAACCAUCAGCAAGCAACUGAUAAAAGCAACAGUAGCAGCAGCAGUGUGGUGAAGCAGGGUGAGAUGGAUCAGCGUGAGGGGCCGCGGGGCCGCUGGACUCCCUGCUUUGUGCAGCUGACUCCUUGCGAGCUCCGGCUGUACACCCUGGACAGCAGUGCCAACCGCCAGCUGGGCACCGCCUACUCGCUGUCGCAUUGCCAGAGUGUCACCUCACCAGCUCCCUGCAGCCAGCCCGCUCAGAUCAGCCAGCCUGCUGACCAACGCACGCUCCAGGCUGUGUUCUUCAGCAGCACACAUCUGCAGCUCAGAGCAGCCAGUCAGUGGGAAGCCAUGCAGUGGCGGAGGCUGAUAUGGGAGAAGGUGCAGGCGGUUAGACCCACGAGGCAGGAAAACUGCCACCACAAGAGUGGAACAGAAAUUCAACAGAUGAACAAAUUCCCAGUACCCAUGUCGCCUUCCUCAUCGCCUUCUCCAUCUGCCCUUGACACCAGACCUGAUGGUGACAGCGAUACGCCGACUCCAGCAGAACCUUCUUGUGGUGUGCUGAGCAGACCCACCACUCUGCCUCUGUUCACCCAACACCCCCAGGAUGUACUCAAAGCUGGUGUGCUUCACCAGCUGAUGGAUCAAAACUACUGGAGAGCUUUCACAUUUGUUCUUACUCAAUCUACUCUCCAGGUCUUCCCCACAGAAGGCCGAGGACCCGUCUCCCAACCUGUUCUCCAGUAUUCCCUUGCCUCCUGCUUGACUGUACAGCACAAUAAAGAGAAUGAAGAGCCGUGGGGUCAAGGAGAUGAGUUUUUUCAGGUUGUUUUCCCAAAAGAAGUGCUAAAAUUUCAGGCAGACGAUCAUCUGAAGGCUAGGGAGUGGGUGGAAGCUCUCCGAGAGGUGAUGGGGGCACAGAGACCUGCAGAAGAAGAAAAGGAGUCAAUCGAAAGACCUCAAGAUCUUCAAGGACUGCUGCUGAGAUCAAAACCUGUUCGAGACAGGAGGCAGAGGGAGGCCCAAAGAGCUAAGCGGCAGUCAGUCACCACCAGCUUCCUCAGUAUUCUUACAUGCCUGGCAGUGGAAAAGGGGCUCACUGCACAGAGCUUCAGGUGUGCAGGUUGUCAGCAUCCGAUUGGUCUAUCCAGAGGGAAAGCCAAAGUGUGUUGCUACAGCGGCUGGUACUACUGCCAGAGCUGCCAUCAGGACAACUCCUUCCUCAUCCCUGCACGCCUUCUGCACAACUGGGACACCACGAAACACAAGGUAUCUGAACAGGCCAAGGAGUUCCUGGAGUUUGUGUAUGAAGAGCCACUGCUGGACGUGCAUCAGCUCAACCCCUGCCUGUACCAGCACUGUGAGCCUCUCAGCAUCGUGUUGCGUCUCCGUCAGCAGCUCCAGUCACUGCGGGCCUACCUGUUCAGCUGCCGAGCAACCAUCGCUGAAGACCUCAGACGGAGGAUUUUUCCCAGGGAAUACCUGUUACAGCACAUUCACCUGUACUCCCUGGCUGACCUGCAGCAGGUCAUCGAUGGGAAGCUAGCUCCCUUCUUGACCAAGGUCAUCAAGUUCGCCAGCGCUCACGUGUUCAGCUGCAGCUUGUGUCGGGAGAAAGGCUUCAUCUGCGAGCUCUGCCACGACGGCCAGGUCAUCUACCCCUUCCAGGAGAACGCCACCCGAAGCUGCGACCUCUGCGGCGCCGUUUUCCACACAGAGUGUCGGCAGAAAGCUCAGCCGUGUCCUCGCUGCGUCCGAAGAGAGCUGCACCACAAGAGGCCGUCGUCCUUCUGGUCGCCUGACGACGACAGCCCCGACUGCUUCCACCUGCCCUACCAGAACACCUGAGAACGGACGGGACGCCGCCGCCACCGCCUCCUUCGACAGAACGCCCGCCGUUGUCGUCCGUCUGCAGGUCAGAGCGCUCCAUCCUGCCGUGGUGCUCUGGUGUUCUGAGCCCCUUCAGCUCCUGCGUCAGGGGCAACAGAAGUCCCCCCUCCCCACCUUCACGCACAAACCCUCACGUAACGUACGCCGCACACGAGAAAAGACGACGCUGUAAACAACACGGAUUCAUUGGAAGGUCUACUUUAGUCUUAAUCUGAUUUUCUUUGUCUUUUUUUGCCACAGGAAAACAAAAUAUUUGACCAAUUUGGCAACUUGUUUACAAAAGCACAAGAAAUGCUGCUUUAUAUGUGCAGAAACGAUCAACCUGAGCCGACAGCUACAUUUCUUUGUUUGUUAAAGUUCUGAUGAAUAAAAUGAAAAUAAAGCUUUGCAGGAAAAGGUUCUUUAAAGCAUUUACCUAAAGCAUUAAAGUUUAUUAAACAUUAGAGGCUACAUUUUGUGUCUUGAAGCAAAAUCAGGUUUUCUAAUAAAUCAUGAAGGUGUUCUGCAUAAUCUGUGUUAAAAAGGGAAAAAAAAAACAUUUCAAUGAUGAGAUUUUAGGAUUUUUAGUUGUAUGUAAAAAAUUAAUCUUGUUUUUGUUCAUUUGUCUGCAGUUUUAUUGUAAUAAACCCAAAAGCUACUCAAACAAACAUAAAAAAUGGUGAUUUUGCUUUUUAACCAUAGGGAGAAGGUGUCUCCCUAAAGAAAACAAAUUCUUUAGUUGUUGUUUUUUUCUCUUUUCAGUUCACUUUUGACAUUAAACUCCAGGAUCACAAGUUUUGAAUUUUUCAUUUCCAGACUCUAAACUUCUUUUCCCUUUCCCUCCAAAUAUUUAGCAUGUCGAUGUAAAUAAAAGAUUUGUAUCAUUUCUCCCUCCAUGACCGUGUAAGAAGCAAAGCCUUUUUUAAUCUAAAAAGGGACUUUGUGGCUACUACUGUAUGAUACAAAGGCGCAAUAAUCUCCUGCAACCCCGUUCUCUUGUUGUUGCCUUCCCCUCCCAGGUAAUCCCCUUCUUCCCUCUUGUGCUUUAUUCCUGCAGAAACUGUAAGACAUAAUGUCACCUUUAGCUUUUAGCAUCUCUAUGCAACCUAGACGGCCUUUAGAAUCCACUGUUUCCUGUCAGAAAAACAGCUUUUCUUACAUUUAUUUCCUCCCCACUUCUUAGUUCUGCAGUUGUCCAAAGCUUCUGUUCAACCUUGGCUUAUUUUUUACAUUGUCUUUGUUUUUUGUUUCAGUUUAAGUUAAAAAUCUUAAAAGAACAAAAAAUAGAAUAACUGUUUUAUUUAUUUAUAUUUGAGCAUUCGAAGUUGCACUUUCUGAUUUUUAAGCUUAAAAAAAUCGACAACCAGGAGAAAAGGUUCAUGGUUUGCAGCUUUAACUGGAAAAAAAAAUGUUAUGAACCAGAAAUGUGUUGUUUCCUCCCAUAUUUUUUUUCUACAAACAAACUUGAGCUUCUAUAUUAUUGUUACCCUUUGUUUGAAUAUUUUUCAGCAUCUCUAAAGUUAAUUUAGCUGCAGGUUGAAACCCAUGAAAAAAGGAUUUUCUAACACAGACUGACACUUGUGUUUAAGAAGCAUGCGGAGAAACUAUAGACUGAAGCUGAAUAGAGGAUUUAGUUUAGAGUGCUGCUAUAAAAGGGCACGGAUGUGUUUUUAUUUCCUAAAAGUUGCAGCUAAAUCUUUUUGCUGAAAGUAUUCUCUUACAUGACGGUUUCCACUGGUGUUCUGUCCCGUGUGAUGUGGAGCCCAGCACAUUUCAGGGAUCUUUGUUUUUAUUGUCACACAAACCAGAGUCUCCUCAUCUUCAGGAAAAGAACAUCCGUCCAUCCAUCUUUGGAUCCUGUCCAAUCCCUUUCAGGCCUCGUCCACAUCGCCCUCGGGAACGCGCGCUCAGGCGGCCGCCCCCAAAUGAAAAUGUAAAUGUGUCAUUUCGGGCUCCCGCGUUCAGAACUCUGCUGUUUAACCCUAGAGCACUGUCGCUUGGUGAUUUUCGCCCAAGCAAAACUAUUGACAUGAAUUUCAAAAUGUUGCGUGUGGAGGAGUCUGUGCCUUCACCAGGGAAGUCUCAGUUGUCCCAGGAACAGGUGGACCAAAGACCAAGUUUCUAGUCUCAUUUUAUUAUUUUUUAGAAAUUUCUGUUCUCAAAUUCCAAAUAUUUCAGUAAUUUUUGAGCAAGUUUUUAGAAACUUCCUGGGUUGUUUUUUUUUUUUCUUUUCAUCUUGUUACACAUACCAGUUUGUAAAUAAAAGAAAACCACUAUAAUUUAUCAUGUGUUGUCAUGGUUUGAUCUAUUCUUUUUUUUUAUGACAAGUACUUUUUGUUUGGGUACAUCAUAUGAGAUACAAAUUACCCGGCAAAAGUGAUGGAGUAACUUUUUAUAGCAAAAGUGUUCUAGGGUUAAGACAGUUUUUGAGCUUUACGCACAAUAAUCGCAGCCAUUGAAAGUUCGGACUUCGGAGUCCCUGAUUGGUCGGACUUCGACCAAUCAGGGACUCUGAUUUAGUAGUGAUCCAUGCAUGGCGUCCCUUUAGUUCACAGAAGUUCCAACCGUUGGAAGAUUGCUCACAGUGUCAAUGACUGCGGUUUGGACGGAAUUCUAUGACAGCGACUCUUUCAUAUAUCGGAAUAGAGCUGUGAAAGAAAAAGCCUGGAGAAAGAUUCACGACAUUUGCAACACUUUGACAUUUCGUACCAAGCCUCUUCCAGCCGUAGGAGGUGGAGGUGCGCUAGCAAACUGUAGAAAAAGAAGAAGAAAACUAAAUGCACCUUUAAGAUCCCGUGUUUGGUGCGUUCUUCUAAAACGACAUCACACCCAGAUUGAUAUCUGGUUUGGUUUAUUUUGAAUGACAGAUAUGACAGAUAAUAAAAUCCCCAUUUUCAGCAUCUCAGAAAGCAGGAAGGAACAAAAUCCUGCUUAGGAAAUGAAACCAGCAUUUCUAUUCAGCCUGGGGUUCUGCUGACCUUUGACUUCAUAAAACACAGUGGCAGUUGUCAUUUCUUCUCCAACUGUUUCCAUCUCAUUGGACCUCCAGCCUCCUGGAGGUCCAGCGACCGGCUUGUGUCACGACGAGCUCUGGUGUCCCGUCCUUCUUGGUUAGGAGGUUCAUCAUCCCAGUUGCUGUUAAAUCCUCUCUUCUCUGGGAUUUCGAGGUGAUCUCAUGUCCGUUAAAGGUCCAGGAGAUCAGUGGCGGUGGUUUGAAUGACCUCACUCGUGUAAAAGUCUUCAAGCUGUUUUUCUGAGAUGCUGAGUUUCAAGUUUUGGCCGUCAUUGUAAAAUAUAAUCAUCAGAAGCCAAUGAAAUCAUACAAAAUAUAGAAAAGAAAAACUUCUAUGGUGAGAAUCGGUGAAAAGUCAACAGUUAGUUCUCUGAAAUGAUCCUGUGAAGGAAGAGUGUCCUGCUUUGUGUGGCUGUAACUCAACACAGCAUAAAGAUGUCCGAUUGGUCAAAAUAACCCCUCAAAACUGUGGAAGUGACAUCUAAAUGAAUCUUAAAGUGCUGGGCUCUGCAGCUUGUUUUAAUGUAGCCAAAGAUGCUCUAAUGUGGCAUCUGCUCAUCCAUUUUAUUUCUAUGUUCCUGUUUUGCUCUGAUUGUUUACUGACACAACUUGAAAAAGUCCUGUUGUGCGUUCUUUCUUUCUCGUAUUUAAGUUCUGUAAAAGCACUGAUCGGGAUCAUCUCCAUGACGACUUCUUCUAAUGAAGGAUUUUGGAAUAAAAAAUGGGACGACGCAUUUGUUUUGACGUAGAUUUUAUGCGCCAACGUGUUUUUCGGCGUCCGGAGGGUCACCACGGACAAAGAUAUUGUACAGUAUUUAAGCAGAACGGCUGGACUUCAACCUUUUUGUCCUGCACUUCUAAAACUUUUUACUGGUCGAGAAGUGUUUUAUUUUGCUUUCUUUGCAGCCAAACUCUUAUGCAAGUAAGAGAGAGUCAUUUUAUUGUCGGUGGUUUUUAAUCUAAUCAGCUCUACUUAUGUCUGUUUUUGUUCAGAUCGACCCAAAAGCCUCUGAUGCCAAUAAAGAUAAACUUCUUAACUCUGGA